AUGACCACGGAGAGUUUUGCAGAGUUCCUGAACAAGCUCAAGGAAAUCCAUGAGAAAGAGGUCCAAGGUCUGCACACCAAGGUGACGGAGCUGACGACAGAGAAGUGCCGCGAUGCUCAGAGAAUUGAAGAGCUGUUUGCUAAAAAUCACCAAUUAAGGGAACAACAGAAAGUCCUCAAAGAAAAUGUAAAGGUGUUAGAAAACAGGCUGCGAGCUGGUCUCUGUGACAGAUGCAUGGUCACCCAGGAGCUGGCCAAAAAGAAGCAGAAUGAGUACGAGACCUCUCAUUUCCAGAGCCUGCAGCACAUCUUCAUCCUCUCAAACGAGACCAAUCGCCUGAGGGAGGAGAAUAAAACUCUCAAGGAAGAACUGAAGAGGCUCCAGAACCUGGAGGACAGGACAAAGACCCCAGGAGUCUCCUCCAGAGAAAGCUGCUCCACACCAAGCUCCCCUUUGACUUUACUGUCCCCAGUGAGCAGGAAUGCCAGCACAGAGAAAGCAGAGCACAGGGAAGCAGAAGAAGCCCAUCAGGAUGUGCCAGACCUCGAGCUCGGUGAAGAAAAGCCUCCAGAGAAGCUCCAGAGAAGCUCUCCAAGCAGCAGGACUUCUCCAGGCACUGUCCUCCAAGAAGUCAGCCUUGCAGAAAUGGCGUCCCAGAGGAUUUCCAACCAGCUGCAUGGAACCAUUGCCCUGGUGAGACCCGGCUCCAGACCUUGCCUCCUGGAAAAAAGUCCUUCAGGGGCAGCAGUGUCUCCACCAGCCAGGAAAACUCCUCUCCCUCCGGAGCGCGAGCACAGCCCCAGCCUGGAGGCCUAUUUAACAGCGGGCAAACUGGACUCCCCCAAGGUUGCUCCAUCCUACGAAAAUCUAAAACUGAGCGCCCGGAGAGAGCAGCUCUGCCUGCUGCACAAGCACCUUUCCCUGCACCAGCUGGGGCUGGGCAGCCGCUGCUCCCCGGCCGAGCGGGACUCCGCCAGCUUCCCCAGCCACUUGCUCCGCACCAAAGCCGCCGACGGCAGGACGCGGUCCCGGGACGGCUGGGAAGAUCCCGCGGCCUUGCUGAAGCUUCCAGCCACCAUGGUGUACGUGAGGGACCAGCAGCUGGAGGAGCAGCUGCACCUCCUGAAGCAGCGGGAGCGGCUGCAGCAUCUCCUGCUGCGGCAGUGCCAGCCGGGCCAGCGGGCAGACCGCGACACGAAGCCGCCGCCCGGCGAGCGGCCCCCGUCCCCGUGGCUGGGCAUCGCGGCGGGAUGCAAGGAGGAGAGGUUCUUCCUGGAGGAUGCCGCGGAUGGGAAGGAAGAGAAGGAGUUUUGGCCGAGCAGGGAGCGCUGCGAGCUGCGAGCGAAGGUGAAGGAGGCGAGGGACGACGACGCGGACGCGCCGCUGGAUCUGUCCGACUCCGGCCGAGGCAGGGACACGGACUGGCCCGGCCGCCGGGAGCCGCGGGGCUGCGGCAGCCCGAGGGACAGCCCCGGGGACAGCCCGGCAGCCCGCGGCCCCGCCGGGGGACACAGGGCACAGCGGGACCGCCUGCGCUGCCCCUACCGCUGGCCCAGUGCCACACGGCCACCGCCUGCUGCUGCCAAGGAGGAGGAGGAGGAGGAGGAGGAGGAGGAGGAGGAGGAGGAUGCAGCUGUGCUCACGCUCUCGCGGGCUUAUCUGACAAACAACUCCACACCGAGCGACCCAGAGCCGCCUCCUGAGGCUGGGAUGAGACAGAAUGUCAGUGCACAGAAGGGAGAAGCAGAUGACAAUGAUGCCGAGUCUGGGAAGCAAGAAUCCGAUGAGCCAGACACGACAGACAGCGAGGAGAAGUAUGAAGAUGAGAUCCUACAAGAAGCCGAGGCUGACGGGAAAUACUUUUGCACCAAAGACAAAGUUCAUGUGCAACAGAGGAAGAGAAAAAAGGGACAGGAUCUCUGGAUAAAAGGAUCUAAGAAGCCAAUGAGAGGAAAAAAGAAAAUCAAAGUGGAGCAAUGCCCGGUGGGGAUCACAAAGGAACUGGAGAAUUGCUCUGCUUCCCACACUGAUCCCUCCAAGGAGAGUUAACAGCAGGGCAGCAUGGAGCAA